GUUGUCACUGCGGGAGAGAAUGAAUGCGAGAGUUCAGGGCCAAAAGGCAACUAGUUCGCGGAAGAGAGUGAAAAGGCGGUCUGUUUCUCUUUUGUUGCGGCCACUUCCCUCUUUGCCAGCAAAAGCCGAAGGGUCUCGGCAAUCUUUUGAGGAUGAACAAGGAGAACGCCAAGGUGCGCGGCAACCAGCGCAAGCUGACGUUCCAGCGCCGCAAGAAGCCGGCCAACGCGCUGCGCAUCGACCCCAAUGCGGCCCCCACACGCACCAGCACGUUCUUCGGCACGGUGGGUUCGCCCAUCAAAAUGGGCCCGGGAAACGCCCCGGCCGGACGGCGAGCGCCUAAACUGCCACCGCGGCCGGCACCGGAUGCGCCUGUUGACUCGGAGGCCGCGACGCUGGACAUCAACCAGAAGGCAGCGUUCCGUGAGGAGCUACGACGGCAGCAGAAGGCCAAGCAACGGGCCGAGAAGGCCACGCAGCAGGAAAAGGAGACCAAGAAUGAGGAGGAAGCGGUGGCCACAGUCCGUAAUGACAACGGCCGCAAGCACCGUGGCCGACGUAACUCGACAGAGUUCAUUGGCCAACCGAUGGAGCCCGUACAGCAGCUCAAACUGGACGGGGCCAAGAAGGCCAAGAUCCCGCACUUCCUGUCGGCCUGGUUCAAUGCCGGCCACGACACUAAGGCCACCAACGACACGGAUAAUAGCGACGCCGAGUCUGCCAAGACCGAUCUGACUAUCAUCAGUGUAGGCGAGAAGGACGUCAAGGCCGAACCAGCCAAACAGGAGGCCAACGCUGUGGCCAAACCUCCGCCAGCCCCAGUGGAAGUGGCAAAGGACAAAACAGCGAUGAAACACAGACCCACCAGUUACAGUCAGAACAUCAACUUCAGUGAGAUCACGUUGGGCCGAAUGAUCGGAGAAGGCGCUUUCGGAAAGGUGCACGAAGGCAAAUGGCGAGGCAAAAGUGUGGCCGUCAAGUUGCUCAUUUGCCAGGACCUGCGCAGCGACAUUCUCAAUGAGUUCCAGUCCGAAGUGGAAAUCAUGAGUGUGUUGCGUCACCCGAACAUUUGCCGACUGCUUGGUGCGUGCAUGGAGCCACCACACCGAGCUCUAGUGGUGGAACUGUUGCAACGUGGAUCGUUGUGGGGAGUGUUGCGAAUGAACCGCAAAUCGAUCGACCAGGAGAUGAGGUCGCGCUUUAUCUACGACACGGCCAAGGGCAUGUCGUACUUGCACCACUUUGAGCGCCCCAUUUUGCACCGAGAUUUGAAAAGUCCCAAUUUGCUGGUGGACAAAAACUUCAACAUCAAGUUGUCGGACUUUGGCCUGGCUCGAGUGAAGGCCCACGUGCAAACCAUGACUGGAAAUUGCGGUACUGUCCAGUGGAUGGCGCCGGAAGUGCUGGGCAACCAGAAGUACACGGAGAAGGCCGACGUGUUCUCGUUCGGUAUCGUCAUUUGGGAGAUUGUUACGGGCGAGUGUCCGUACGACGGCAUGAGCCAGAUUCAGGCCGCGCUGGGCGUUCUGAACCGCAACUUGAGGCCGAAUAUCCCGCGUGACUGCCCGCCGUUCUUCUCGCGACUGAUGAAGGCGUGCUGGAACCGUCAGCCAGAGUUGCGCCCCAGCUUCCCGCACAUCGUCAACGCCUUCCGCACGUACCAGAGCUCCAUUUCCGAGUCGCGAGCGACCAGCAGCGCCGCCGCGUCGGCCAAGGCCGCCAUGGCCGCUUCGGUGGCCGCUUCUUAGGCCGCCACGCCUGGUCCUCGCAAGUAGAGGACGAUACACGAACAAGAGAUACACUGCUUGGUAAAUGAGGACAAGCAGACAAAGGGAUACUCAAAAUGAUGAUACAUGUGAUUUCAUGUGUACUCGAUUGUCAAAUUUCGUUUCCUUUGACAAGAGAAUGUUUGUCUUUUGUUUCGCUACAAUGACUUCAACUUGUAGCUUUACAUUCACUCUUUCAACGUCAGAGCGGCAAU